ACUCGCGAACAGCGGACUGCGUACCAGCCGCCGGGCGCCGGGUGCCGGGCUGCGGGGUCGAGGCAGAGGCAGUGAGGCGGCGCGCGGCGCGGGUCGGCGGAGGGGCCGGCAGCGGCGGCCGCGCCCGCUCGGGCCCAGCGGCCCCGCUCAGUCCGCGCCCGGAGUCCGCCGCCGCCGCCUCGCUGCCUUGCCACACGCCGCGCCAUGGAGAUGGAGCACUUCAUAGAAACCGUGCGUAAAUACAACUGCCUGUGGAACACGACCGCCAUCGAGUAUCGUGAUCAGGAGCUGAAGGACGCCGCCUGGGCAGAGGUGAUGAAGGAGACGGAUCUGUCGUCAGUGAAAGAAGUAAAAUUAAAAUGGAAGAAGCUCCGUGACAGCUAUCGCGAUGCGCUAAAGCGACAGAGUGAAAUGCUGGCUAAGGACCCCAGCAACCCCGCUAAGAAAGUCUACCCCUGGAAGUACAUGGGACUAAUGCAGUUUCUGCAGCCGCACAUGAGUGUGCGCAAGAAGCCAGCGGAGUCACCACAGUACGCGCCUCCACCGGCACAAUACUCGUCCGCGCACGCGCACAACGGUGAUGCACAUUCCACCGACGAUUCCGACUCGGAACCAGAGUCCUCGCCCAAGCGUAAAAGCGUCGAGCGUCUCACCGUCAUCGACAGAAAGUUAGACUACCUCUGCAAGGCGCAGAGCAAACGCCAGUUCACCGACGCGCACUACCAGGAGCGGAAGCGAGACCGCCUGCCGCCGGCGGUGCCUGACCCGUUGGACAUCUUCUUCAACAGCAUGUGCCAGUCGACGAAGCGCUUCCCGUACCCGGUACAGAUCCGGAUUAAGAAGACUCUGUUCGACGCCGUGAUCGAGGCGGAGGAGGCGCUGAUCGCAGAGCAACAGAGCUACGCCAGUCUGUGGGCGCAAGGCGCUGGAAGUUCCUCCAGCAGCGAGGCGGCAGAAGCGGGAGAGGCGGACGACGAAGACCGUAAGCCCUCCUGAGCCGCCGCCCGCGCCGCGUUCUACCUCUACUACGCACACUAUGCCAACUACGCACGCUACGCCUCCUCUGACGCCUAUCCUUCGUAGAUUCGCGACCGGGAGACAUUGCGCUUUCGUUUGGACAUACCAGUGGGUGCGAGUCUGGUGGGUGACGUCAUCGGUGUUCCGUUUACCAUUAAGCAGUAUUGUUAAUGUUAAUUAAGGCCCGACCCAGUCGGUUGUAUAUACGAGCGUACGAUAGAGAGAGAGGGAGGUAACGUGACCAGAUAAUAUACGCUUAUAAUGAAAACGCCCAUUGUGGAUCGAUCGUUCAUGGCUAGUGGUUUAGUGAUAUAAUGUCUAAUCAUUUAACAUAAGUACUGUUUACAAUACAAAUAGUAUGUGCUCACUCGAAUAGUUGGCUAUUGAGCACCCUUUACUUCCUAGUAUAUAAUUUAUCCUUCCUGUUGACACGGGGUAGCAGUUUAUACUGGCACGGCUCUCGCUUGAUUUUUGCAUAAAUAGAAAGGUCAACUGAGUGUCUGUCAUCCGACAAAAGUAUACCGUACGCUUGAUCUUUAUAACAAUGUUUUGAUGUUCGGCUCGAGACAGUAUGCUGUUAUACAGGGACAGUACGUCCGCUAGAAGCUGCCGACUGCCGACUGCCGACCAAUUUACACAGUCAGUUGGCACUGUCCCGACGCAGUAUCUUCUAGAAUCUAGAACUUCAAUCGACUGAUUUACUUUUGCGAGUAUAACGAUUAGGUUAAGUUUAUAUCAUAGCUAAGGGAAAACUGGAAUGUGUGUAAUUUUUAUUUUUAUAUAAACUAUAGACUUCCAUUAAAAUAUAAUAAACACUUGAUAUAA